AUGUCGGCCCAGGGGGACUGCGAGUUCCUGGUGCAACGAGCACGGGAGUUGGUGCCGCAGGACCUGUGGGCAGCCAAGGCGUGGCUGAUCACGGCCCGCAGCCUCUACCCGACAGAUUUUAACAUACAGUAUGAGAUGUACACCAUCGAGCGGAAUGCAGAGCGGACCGCCACCGCCGGGAGGCUGCUGUACGACAUGUUUGUGAGUUUCCCAGACCAGCCGGUGGUAUGGAGAGAAAUCAGCAUUAUUACAUCAGCCUUAAGGAAUGAUUCACAGGACAAACAAACCCAAUUUUUAAGAAGUUUGUUUGAAACUCUUCCCGGCCGGGUCCAGUGUGAAAUGUUACUAAAGGUCACGGAACAAUGCUUCAACACGUUAGAACGAUCAGAAAUGUUGCUUCUACUUUUGAGACGCUUCCCUGAAACGGUGGUGCAGCAUGGGGUUGGCCUUGGGGAGGCACUAUUAGAGGCCGAAACUAUUGAAGAACAAGAAUCUCCUGUGAACUGCUUUAGAAAAUUAUUUGUUUGUGAUGUCCUUCCUCUGAUAAUUAACAACCAUGAUGUUCGAUUGCCUGCUAACUUAUUAUAUAAGUACUUGAACAAAGCAGCUGAAUUUUAUAUCAAUUAUGUCACUAGGUCUACUCAAAUAGAAAAUCAGCAUCAAGGUGCCCAGGAUACAUCUGAUUUAAUGUCACCCAGCAAACGUACCUCUCAGAAGUACAUAAUAGAAGGGCUGACGGAAAAAUCAUCCCAGAUCGUGGACCCUUGGGAGAGGUUGUUUAAGAUUUUGAAUGUUGUUGGAAUGAGAUGUGAAUGGCAAAUGGAUAAAGGAAGACGAAGCUAUGGAGAAAUUUUGCAUAGAAUGAAGGAUCUCUGCAGAUACAUGAAUAACUUCGAUAGUGAAGCACAUGCAAAAUAUAAAAACCAAGUAGUAUAUUCCACCAUGUUGGUCUUCUUUAAGAAUGCGUUCCAGUAUGUCAACAGCAUACAACCAUCUCUCUUCCAAGGUCCUAAUGCCCCAAACCAGGUUCCACUUGUUCUUCUUGAAGAUGUGUCGAACGUGUAUGGUGAUGUAGAAAUUGACCGCAACAAACACAUCCAUAAAAAGAGGAAACUAGCUGAAGGAAGAGAAAAAACUAUGAGUUCAGACGAUGAAGACUGUUCAGCGAAAGGAAGAAAUCGUCACAUUGUGGUUAAUAAAGCCGAACUUGCUAACUCUGUGGAAGUGUUAGAAAGCUUUAAAUGGGCCAGGGAAAGCUGGGAGUUGCUGUAUUCCCUAGAAUUCCUUGACAAAGAAUUUACAAGAAUUUGUAUGGCCUGGAAGACGGAUACUUGGCUUUGGUUAAGAAUCUUCCUCACUGAUAUGAUCAUCUAUCAGGGUCAAUAUAAAAAGGCAAUAGCCAGCCUGCAUCACUUAGCAGCUCUCCAGGGAUCCAUUUCUCAGCCACCGAUCACAGGGCAGGGGACCCUGGAGCAUCAGAGGGCGCUCAUCCAGCUGGCGACGUGCCACUUUGCACUAGGGGAGUACAGAAUGACAUGUGAAAAAGUCCUCGAUCUGAUGUGCUACAUGGUACUCCCCAUUCAAGAUGGAGGCAAAUCCCAGGAGGAACCCACAAAAAUAAAGCCUAAAUUUAGAAAAGGUUUGGAUCUGAAACUCCUGCCUUGUACCAGCAAGGCUAUCAUGCCAUACUGCCUGCAUUUAAUGUUAGCCUGUUUUAAGCUUAGAGCUUUCACAGACAACAGAGACGACAUGGCACUGGGGCAUGUGAUUGUGUUGCUUCAGCAAGAGUGGCCACGAGGCGAGAACCUUUUCCUGAAAGCUGUCAAUAAAAUUUGCCAACAAGGAAAUUUCCAAUAUGAGAAUUUUUUCAAUUACGUUACAAAUAUUGAUAUGCUGGAGGAAUUUGCCUACUUGAGAACUCAGGAAGGUGGGAAAAUUCAUCUGGAAUUACUACCCAAUCAAGGAAUGCUGAUCAAGCCUUCUAGCCCUCCCAUGGGGUUGCUACAGCAGGAAUUCUUACCUGUGCUUCAGCCCAGCAUACAGACUGCUGACAGGCACCACACGGUAACUCGAGGCAUCACCAAAGGCGUGAAGGAGGACUUUCGCCUGGCCAUGGAGCGCCAGGUCUCCCGCUGUGGAGAGAAUCUGAUGGUGGUUCUGCACAGGUUCUGCAUUAAUGAGAAGAUCUUGCUCCUUCAGACUCUGACCUGAGUGGAGACCUUUCUGCCAGAGACAGCUCGGGGCUGUGUAAUUUGAGGUGAAGAGACACAGCCGUAACUGACACAGCACACAGCCGUGGUCAUUGUUGCUGUUACAAAGAAGAAAACUAUCUGAGUUCUAAGUGCUCGGUUGCUUCAAAGUAGUUCCCAAGAGUCUGAGAAGCUAUUUCUAUUUUUAAGAGUCAAGUCAUUUUUUUUAUAAUUUUUGUAAAACAAAAGACUCAAUCUGUUUUGUAAAUAAAAAUCAUCCUAAAAUUUGAA